AUGAGCGGGGGAACGGGAUCUCCGUCUCCAGAGCCGUCCACCUCCAGCCCUCAGAGGCUGGGGCCCGGGGAGCACGACCUGCUGACCUGCGGCCAAUGCCAGACCAACUUCCCGCUGGGGGAUAUCCUGGUCUUCAUCGAGCACAAGCGCCGUCUUUGCCGGGGGCACGGGAGUGCCGCUGGGUCCUUCUCCAAGCCCGGGGAGAGUGGUGGGACCAUCUCUCCCCGGGCCAGGCCUUUGGAGUUGAGUAGAGGGCCGAUCCCGGUGGAGGUGGGCAUCCAGGUUACCCCGGGAGGAGAGGACGACAAGGAGAGGAGGCUGACACCGGCCAAGGGAAUCUGCCCCAAGCAAGAAAGAGGAGAUAAAGACGAGCCAUCCAGCUACAUCUGCACAACCUGUAAGCAGACGUUCACCAGCGCCUGGUUCCUGCUUCAGCAUGCCCAGAACACACAUGGCAUCCGUAUCUACUUGGACAACCAUUUGGCAAACUGCGCCCUCACACCCCGCAUGGCCCUGCCGCCGCCCCCGGGAGUCGAUGCCUUGCCCCGCUCCCCUCUGCCCACUUUCCUUGGCGACACCAACAACCCGUUCAACCUGCUUCGCAUGGCGGCCCCCCUUCUCAGGGACCACCCCCCACCCCCAGGGUACAUGGAAACACGGCUCCCUGCCACGCCUCCCUUCGUCAGCCCCCCGCCUCCACCUAGACACCCCCUGGAGCGGCUGGGCCCAGAGGAGAUGGGGCUGCUGUCCCAGCACCCCAGUGCCUUUGAGAGGGUGAUGCGGAUGACUCCCAUGGAGCCUCCUUCCAUGGACUUCUCCCGACGCUUGAGGGAGCUGGCGGGCAACACAACCAACAAUGGGGGGCCUACGCCGCCUCUUUCGCCCAACCGUGUGCCACCCAUGCACCGUCUGCUCAGCCCCACGCUCUUCCAGCCUGGCUCCAAGCCCCCGUCUUUCCUUACCUACCCUCCGCAGCUACCCACCUCGCAGGGGGGCACCGGUGCCACCAGCCCACAUGACACCCAGGGCCAGAGCCAGGCCCAGGCCAAAUCAAAGUCCUGUGAAUUUUGUGGGAAGACCUUCAAAUUUCAGAGCAAUCUGAUAGUCCACAGGCGCAGCCACACGGGAGAGAGGCCAUACAAGUGUCACCUCUGCGACCAUGCCUGCUCCCAGGCCAGUAAACUGAAGCGGCACAUGAAGACACACAUGCACAACAAGGCCGGCUCCAUGAGCAGCUCCCCAGAACAGGGCAACAGAGGAGAGGGAGGAGAUGGAGAUGAGAAGAGCAGAGAGGGCGAUGCCAGAGGGAUGGUGAUGGACAAUGAUGAGGAGGAGGAAGAGGAGGAGGAGGAGGAAGAGGAGGAGGAGGAGGACGAGGAAGAGCUGAGAAACGGGAGUCGCCCUGACUCCAACCUGAGUGAGGACUCUCAGGAGUUUAGCCAGAACAGGGAGAAUGGCUCCAGGCCCUCCCCGGAGAAGAAGACAUUCAGUGGGGAAAGAGUAAAUGACAGCGGCGGGGAUGGCAUGAUGCACCCGUACAACCACUUGGACAAUCACCUGAGACUCAACCCUGGGAAGAGAAGCCUGGAGAGACAGCCAAAUGGGGAUAGCGGAGAAAGAGGAGUCCCAGAGAGAAGGGGCGAGGCAGAGCGGGAGCAGAGCAGAGAAAGAGGUGAACAGGAGGUGCAGAGGCCCAUCAUGAAUGGCAGGAUCAGCGUCUCUGAAGCGGACUCCUUUACAGGUCUGUUCCAGCGCCGGCCCACCCCCAUCACAAGCCCUAGCCCCUCCAACAACAAGAGGAUCAAGAUAGAGAAGGAGCAGCUGGAGCUGGCCUCUACAGUCCCCCUCAUCUCCCCGGAGAACGUCUACUCUCAGCUCCUGGCAGGCUACGCUGCAUCACGCCACUUCAUCAGAGAGCCCUAUCUCGGAUUCACCGACGCCCGCCAGUCCCCUUUCGCCACCUCCUCGGAGCACUCCUCCUCCGAGACGGGCAGCCUGCGCUUCAGCACCCCUCCCGGGGAGCUGAUGGAAGGAGGGGGCGCCUCGGGCCGCAGUGGCAGCAGCACCCCUCACCUCUUGCGGGGGCCUGGCCCCGGAAGACCCCCCAGCUCCAAGGAGAGGAGAAGCGACACCUGCGAAUACUGCGGCAAAGUGUUCAAAAACUGCAGCAACCUGACGGUGCACCGACGGAGCCACACAGGCGAACGGCCCUACAAGUGCGACCUGUGCAGCUACGCCUGCGCCCAGAGCUCCAAGCUGACACGCCACAUGAAGACCCACGGGCAGUUUGGGAAGGAGGUGUACCGCUGUGACAUCUGCCACAUGCCCUUCAGCGUCUACAGCACGCUGGAGAAACACAUGAAGAAGUGGCACGGCGAACACUUGAUGGCCAGCGAGGUGAAACUAGAGCAGGCGGACAGAGGCUAG